AAAUGUAAAUCAAAAGAGAACUAAACCAAGAAACAAAAAUGGGAUACGAAAGGCUCGGACCAUCUGGAGCAACUAGUUCGGUCCCAACCUCCACUACUACAGCUCCGAUCCUAAACCAAGUCUCCACGUCAUCACAACCGGAGAACAACAACCGAGGAAGCAAAAAGAAGCUUGUAGUGUCAUCAAUCGUCUUAGCCAUCUCACUUAUCCUCGCCGCCGCGAUCUUCGCCGGAGUCAGAUCACGUCUCAAGUUAAACCAAUCUGUUCCAGGCCUAGCUCGUAAACCAAGCCAAGCAAUCUCUAAAGCUUGUGGGUUAACUCGUUUCCCCGAGUUAUGCGUUGACUCACUCAUGGACUUUCCCGGCUCACUCGCCGCUUCCUCCUCCAAAGAUCUGAUCCACGUGACGGUGAACAUGACGCUCCACCACUUCAGCCGCGCUCUCUACUCCUCUGCUUCACUCUCCUUCGUCGACAUGCCGCCACGUGCUCGCUCAGCUUACGACUCUUGCGUCGAGCUACUUGACGAUUCCGUCGACGCGCUCUCACGCGCUCUCUCCUCCGUCGUAUCGUCCUCGGCCAAGCCACAAGACGUUACCACGUGGCUUAGCGCGGCUUUAACGAACCAUGACACGUGCACUGAAGGAUUCGACGGCGUCGACGACGGUGGAGUGAAAGAUCAUAUGACGGCGGCGAUAAAGAAUCUUUCUGAGCUUGUUAGUAACUGUUUAGCCAUAUUCUCGGCGAGUCACGACGGUGACGAUUUCGCCGGAGUUCCGAUACAGAACAGGAGGCUGUUGGGAGUGGAAGAACGAGAAGAGAAAUUCCCGAGAUGGAUGAGGCCAAGAGAACGCGAGAUAUUGGAAAUGCCGGUAUCUCAGAUACAAGCUGAUAUUAUCGUCUCGAAAGACGGCAACGGCACGUGCAAAACUAUAUCGGAAGCUAUCAAGAAAGCUCCUCAGAACAGUACUCGCCGGAUAAUUAUCUACGUCAAGGCCGGAAGGUAUGAAGAGAACAACCUCAAGGUCGGUAGGAAAAAAAUAAAUUUGAUGUUCGUUGGAGAUGGGAAGGGUAAAACUGUCAUUUCAGGAGGGAAAAGUAUAUUUGACAACAUCACUACUUUCCACACGGCGUCAUUUGCUGCGACCGGAGCUGGAUUUAUUGCAAGGGACAUCACAUUCGAAAAUUGGGCUGGUCCAGCGAAGCACCAAGCGGUGGCUCUCCGUAUUGGAGCUGACCACGCAGUGAUCUACCGAUGCAAUAUAAUCGGUUACCAAGACACACUUUACGUCCAUUCAAACCGUCAAUUCUUUCGUGAAUGCGAUAUAUACGGUACAGUCGAUUUUAUCUUUGGUAAUGCAGCCGUCGUACUACAAAACUGUAGCAUCUACGCACGAAAGCCCAUGGAUUUUCAGAAAAAUACAAUCACGGCUCAAAACAGAAAAGAUCCGAAUCAAAACACGGGAAUAUCGAUACAUGCGUCUAGGGUUCUUGCAGCAUCCGAUCUCCAAGCGACAAACGGUAGUACCCAGACGUAUCUAGGCCGACCUUGGAAGCUAUUCUCUAGGACUGUGUAUAUGAUGUCGUAUAUCGGUGGUCAUGUACACACGAGAGGUUGGCUCGAGUGGAACACAACAUUUGCUUUAGAUACGUUAUAUUAUGGAGAGUAUUUGAACAGUGGACCCGGGUCGGGACUCGGGCAACGUGUGACCUGGCCGGGGUAUCGGGUCAUCAAUUCGACGGCCGAGGCUAACCGGUUUACGGUGGCGGAAUUUAUAUACGGUUCGUCGUGGUUGCCUUCGACCGGAGUUUCGUUCUUGGCCGGAUUAAGCAUAUAGGUAGAGAGAAAAAAUGAAAUGCUUAUGUUUCC